AUGUCCACCGCUACCGGAGCAUUUCUUGCCGGUGGUCUGGCCGCUUGCGGUGCCGUCACCCUGACACACAGCUUUGAAACUGUCAAGAUUCGCUUACAAUUGCAAGGAGAGCUACAAGCAAAGAACAAUGUUGCCAGGCAAUAUAAGGGUGUGUUCCAUGGAAUCACCGUCAUUCUAAGGAACGAAGGCCCCCGAGGUCUACUCCGUGGUCUUGACGCAGCGUAUACAUACCAACUUCUGUUGAACGGUUGUCGGCUUUCCUUUUACGAACCCAUUCGCAAAAGUCUCACCACCUCUUUCUACGAUGACCCCAAAACGCAGUCAAUGGCUAUCAACGUUUUCUCCGGAGCUACUUCGGGAGUUAUCGGUGCUGCUGUUGCCUCGCCGUUUUUCCUAGUUAAGACAAGGCUGCAGUCUUACUCUCCAAUUCUUCCAGUUGGCACACAGCACAAUUACAAAGGCUCGACGGAUGGGUUACGAAAGAUCUUCGCUAGCGAAGGAGUACCGGGACUAUACCGUGGCGCCAUGGCCUCCAUGAUCCGAACUGGUUUCGGUAGCUCUGUUCAACUACCUACAUACUUUUUUGCCAAGCGAAACUUGAUACGCCAUCUCGGGAUGGAAGAGGGGCUUCCACUUCACCUUACCAGCAGUGCUGUCAGUGGUGUCGUUGUUUGUAUUGCCAUGCACCCUCCCGACACUAUUAUGUCCAGAAUGUACAACCAAAGCGGCAACCUUUACAACGGCGUCUUUGACUGUGUCAAGAAAACGAUCAAGGCUGAAGGUCUGUUCGCCAUUUACAAGGGAGUUUCGGCUCAUCUGGCCCGUGUAGUCCCUCAUACGGUUUUGACACUUACAUUCAUGGAACAAUGUACCAAGAUCAUGCGCAAAGCCGAAGAUACAUUUCUACCAGAAUCCGUGAAGGCUUGGAUAUAA